AUUGGUCAGACUCGUUGUGAAGAAGCUUCCUAUUGGCUGAUUAAGUUGCCCCGCCAGACGAGUUUAGAAACAGCGCCAUAAUUAAAGUAGGGUGAGCUAUUGUUUUGUUUUUGUUUUUUUGUGUGGAUUAUUUGCGCUAAAAUUGACCAAAUCAAAGACAAGUAACUAUAGUAAAAUAGCCUUUUAAGGACGCCAGGCGUUCAGUUUGUGUCUCGAAAUACGCGAGUUUUGUCCCUUUUGUUAAGAUAACAGACGCAGCUGAUAUGAUUCCAGUGGGAAGCUAACGUGGUUAAUUCACGAAAACUAAGUAACUCUGUUGAGUGCGGUGUUUUCAGUUAAAGUCAACGAUCAAGGCUAAGCUCUGUUGGUUACACGGGGAUGAGUUGUCGAGUGAACCUUCAGGCUUUGCCGUCUGGUGUUUUUGAAGAGGUUUUUACUCCGGAGAAUGUGAGGGGAAGAACCCCAAUGAACUCUCUCACUCCACUGAGCUUCCCCAAGUCCAGAUCAGCUCUGUGGGAUGGCAGCCCUGCAGGGGAGAAGGUCCGCCUCCAGCUCUGUUCACACAGGAAGCCUCGGUUGGUGCUGCUGGAGAAAGCUCUGCGUCUGGCUCAGCGUCAUGUCCGUCACAGCAACAAGCCCUGCCUCCACUGUUUCUUCCUGGGAUCGAUGUCUGUGGACUCAGAUGAAGAGGGGGUCACUUUGACUCUGGACCGGUUCGAUCCGGGUCGGGACCAAGCUGGAUCCUCCGGCAGGGUUCCCUCUGCUGCGUUGCCUGGAGAUGUCCUAGUUCCCUGUUUGUUUUCCACCCAGACUGAGGUGACUUCUGAUGCUGUUGUCCAACCAGAGGCUGAGCUCCAUCACUGCUUCAGGGUGCUGCAGCAGUUUGUGAGCAGCAGACAGACCCUGGAUCUGUCUCAGCUGUUAAAGGUCCGAGGUCAUGUUGUAUGCUCUCAGCAGUCUGACGCUGCAGCGUUCAGUCUCAGUUGGUCGGCUGUGUGCCCGGCCAUCAUCGUCGACGUUCAGCCGGUCCGAGCCGUUCCCAUCAUCCCCACCGCUCUGCUGAGGAAUUUGACCAGCAUCAGCCGGCUGCCGCUGCAGCACGCCGCCAACCGUCAGAGAGGGUUUCUGACCAUGGAGCAGACCAGGAAACUGCUGCUGCUGCUGGAGUCUGAUCCCAAAGCCUCAAGCCUGCCGCUAGUCGGGCUCUGGCUGAGUGGAGUCACCCACAUCUACAACCCUCAGGUGUGGGCCUGGUGUCUGAGGUUCCUGUUCAGCUCCGCCCUCCGGGACAGAGUCUUGUCAGAGAGCCGCUGUUUCCUUCUCGUGCUGUUCGGUUCCACCCACAGAACUCCUCAGUUCUUUAAGUGUCGAGCACCUGGACCAGGACCACAGCUGGACUACCAGCUGCUGACUGCCUUCCAAUCUGUCACACUCUACCAGGUGGCGCCGGUGGACGGUCAGACCCUGCAGUGUGAGCUCAGCUCAGAGGAUCACAGCCUACAGAUGGAGGUGUUCAGAGAGGCUCAGAACUCCUUCAAAAGGGCCCCCCCGCCAGCUGCCGGUCUGUCUGUCAGUGACCAGGACUCAGGGGUGGAGGACCUUUCACCACGACCGUCUCCCAGUCCGCACGCACCUAUUCAGCAGACUCGCAGAGUUCAGCCGUCUGUUCCCGAACUCUCUCUGUUGAUCGACAGCAGCUUCAGCUCCAAUCAGAACACUCAGCAGGACCCUGGCUCCCGCCACAGACUACCCCCACCUCCUGCAGCUGACAGGACGUCUGCUCCUCCAACUGGAAAUACCUCCUCCUCAGUUUCCAGACCUGCUCUUCCUCAGCUCCACAGCACCCCCAACUGCAACGUGCAGCAGCCAUGUACCUGCUUCUCCACCCACACCUACAACUGCACCCCCAUCUUCUCCUCACCAGGACUUCCCCCUGCUGCUCCCCCACUGUCCAGCCUCCAGUCUGCUGCUCCUCUUUUUUCCCAUCACCACACGCCUCCUCCUUCCAGAAACCACCCUACUCCUCCUUGUUCCUCCACCCAUGUUGCUCCUAUGUCCUCACCUCACCCAGCUCCUCCUCCCUCCACCCCAAAACCUGUUCCUCCAUCUUUCAGCCACACUACCCCUCCUCUUUCCUGUAACCCCUCCUCUCCUCUCUCUACCCACCACCCCUCUCUUCUCACCACUGCUGUUCCUCCUCCCUCCCCCGUCCUCCCUCCUGCACCUUCCUGUCACUGUACCCACCCUCCUCCUCCUGUCCCCUGGUGUAGUGACUCUCCUUCUCCCCGCCCCUCCUGUCCAACAGAUCCUCUGUCUUCCCCCUGGCUCCCUCGUCCCUCUUGUGUCAAUCAGUGCUGUGGUCAGGUUGGGGCAGUCGUAUCGUCUGACACCUACCAGCUCCUCCUCCAUCAGGACCGACAGCUCCGCCUUCUGCAGGCUCAGGUCCAGAUGUUGCUGGAAGCUCAGGGGAAUCUUCAGCCAUCCAGUCGGCAGGUUGACACUCAGUCACCCAAGAGCACAGCUAGCGUCGCCGUGGAAACAGGCGCCAGUUUGUUCUGGGGGGAUCCGGUCCAGGAUGUACAGGCUCCUCCUUCCUCCUCACCUCCACCUCCCCCCCCCUUGUCCUCACCCAGAUCCCCCUCCCCCUCCUCACAUGAUCUUUCUGUCAUGAGACCAGUGGGUGGAGCUGUGGACAGUGAUGUCACAGGUCAGGUGGCUCGCUGCUCGCCCCUUGGGCAGCACAGUGUCAGUGGUGUGCAGAGUCCAGCUCCAGGAGAAAGUGUGAGCAUGUGCAGACCUGUAGAUGACCAGCAAAGCUUCUACCACAACCUCAUGACUCAGCUGACCAGUCGCCUUCAGGAGUCAGACAGCACACAGGAAGUGGAGGAGCAGCAGUCUGGGAGGAGGAAUAUGUCUGUGGUUUCUGACCACUCCCAGUCUUGCCAGUCUCCCCAGUUGUCAUCCUCAUUCAGGGCAAAGCAGCAGAAUCCAGUGGGAGACCUGGUGGCGAACGCCACUCUGCAGCAGCUCAGAGUCAAUGUGGGCGAAGCAGAUCUGACAGAGUUGGACAGAAGCGGAGGCAAAACUGUGGAGAUAGUCAGCACCCUGGCGAGCAUCAACCCAGCAGCCAUCGUGUCCAAACUGAGUGUUUCUGACCCAACAGUCAGCUCUCUGUUCCCAGGAGGCAGUGUGGAUCUGAGUCUGGAGGCCAACGCCAUCGCCCUGCGCUACCUGAGCGACUCCCAGCUCAGCAGGUUGUCUCUGGGAGGACAUGCCCCUCAAGUAGGCCCCACCUCCUCUCCUGACUCCCUGCUGUCUCCUAGCAACAUGUCGCUGGCCACCAGGAAGUACAUGAGGAGGUAUGGCCUGAUCAAGGAGGAGGAUGGUGAGGAUGAAGAGGAGCAGGAGGAGGUCAGAGUUCAGGAGGCGUUGAGUCGUCAGCCACUGGCCGAUGCUUUGAAUGUGAAGUUCCUCCCACAGAGUCAGCUGAUCAGAGACCUGCGGCCAAAGAUGCAGCUUUUCACUGGAGAUGCCAAAUCAAACGCCACUAACAAGGAGAACUGUUUGAGCAGGCGGCCAUCUUUAGUGAGGGCAAGCAGCCGCCAGACGGAAGGAUCAGUAGGAAACAUCCUUGACCUGAGCCGCCUGAGGCAGCUGCCCAAACUCUUCUGA